GCGCCGCCGCCUGCGUCCCCUCCGGAAAGGGGCGCCGCCGGGCGUGAGCGGAGAGCCUGGCGGAUGCCCGCGGGGUGAGCAGUCCCGAGGCCGGCGCCCCCGCGGCUCCCAGGGAACAUGGGCGUGCUCAGGGCCGGGCUGUGCCCGGGCCUCACCCAAGACAUGGUCGGGCAACUGAGGAGCCGCGGGAUCAAGACAGUGGUGGACCUGGUUUCCGCAGACCUGGAGGACGUGGCCCAGAAAUGUGGCUUGUCUUACAAGGCCCUGGUUGCCCUGAGAAGGGUGCUGCUGGCCCAGUUCUCAGCUUUCCCCUGCAAUGGCGCUGAUCUGUACGAGGAACUAAAGACUUCCACUGCCAUCCUGUCCACUGGCAUCGGAAGCUUGGACAAACUGCUUGAUGCUGGUCUCUACACUGGAGAAGUGACUGAGAUUGUAGGAGGCCCAGGUAGUGGCAAAACCCAGGUAUGUCUUUGUGUGGCUGCAAAUGUGGCCUAUGACCUACAGCAGAAUGUUGUAUACAUUGAUUCCAGCGGAGGACUGACAGCCUCCCGCAUCCUCCAGCUCCUUCAGGCCAGAACCCCAGAAGAGGAGGAGCAGGCAGGAGCUCUCCAGAGGAUCCAGGUGGUACGUGCGUUUGACAUCUUCCAGAUGUUGGACGUGCUACAGGACUUCCGGGGUGCUAUGUCCCAGCAG